UGUGUGAUGUGUGUCUAUAAUUAUUGCAGUUGUGAAAGCUUUAUGACCGUCUGAUGUGAAAGUGAAAUCUCACUUGCGGAACGUUGUGUUUGAUUCGGGUAAAUUUGCACAAAGCCAACUUUCAAAUCGUUGAUCGAAGCAUGCGACACUUUUGUUAAACCGGGGACACAUGCAAGCUGCUGUUGCGCAAACAAGAGGCACUUGUGUUUUGUGUGCAGACGCACGGCCAGUUUGACCUGUAGGUUCUCAUUGUGAUGACAUCACGCCGGGUGAGGGAAAUGAACACCUUGAGACAAAGCGGGAAGAUGAAAGAGGGAGUGAUUGAGCCAUAAACCUUGGAGAUUUUGGAAAGUCGAUCCAGCGUCAAGGCUGCCAACAUACUCAAAACGAAACCCAUCUAUCAAAUUGGGGCCAAGAUGGAGCCUGUUGAUUCAAAUGAGCAGAAGCAAAGUGGCCACACCCAAAUCCAUGGCCCUGUGGCGGGUGUCUAUCUGGGCAAGUCCAAGCAGAAGAUCAGCAUAUACGAAGCCAUGAAGAAAGGUCUGCUUAAACCUGGAACCGCGCUGGCCCUGCUGGAAGCCCAGGCCGCCACAGUAGGUGUUGUAGACCCUGUGAAGAACCGAAUACUUCCAAUCAUGGAGGCCGUCAAGGAGGAACUCGUCGGACCCGAGUUGAAGGAGAAGCUCCUUUUUGCAGAGAAGGCUGUCACCGGUUACGAAGACCCUUACACUAACCAAACCAUAUCUGUGUUCCAAGCCAUGCAAAAAGACUUAGUGCCCAGAGAUUACGGUUUGAGACUACUUCAAGCGCAAAUGGCCACGCACGGCCUGUUUGAUCCCAUUGAGAAGACAAACAUUCCAGUGGAGUCAGCCAUCCAGAAAGGCUACUAUGAAAAAGGUCUGCUGGAUGACCAGAUGUCAGAGUUAAAGGUGUUCUACAAUCCGAGCACACAACAGCACGUCAACUACAAAGCCCUGGUGGAAAAGUGCAUUGUGGAAGCUGACACAGGUCUACUUCUUUUCCCCAUCUUCAUCACCUUCAAAGGGUUGAGACGGGGAAUUUCCUCCGCAGAGCUCUUUGAGUCCAAGAUCAUUGACAAGGAAAUCUAUGAUAAACUGCAGAAGGGCAAGACCACAACCCAGGAAGUGAUGCUGAAUGAGACGGUGAAAGAAUACCUUCAGGGGAAAGGCAGCAUCGCGGGCAUUGCGAUACUCUCAUCCAAUCAGAUACUGAACAUCUAUGAAGCCAUGAAGCAGAGCAUACUGAUGCCUGGGACAGCGCUAGUUCUGCUGGAGGCACAGGCUGCAACGGGGUUCAUGAUUGAUCCCCUCAAAAACAAAAAGUUCACUGUGGACGAGGCUGUAAAAAACAAGCUCAUUGGCCCCGAAUAUUAUGCCAAGCUGCGCUCCGCCGAACGAGCUGUGACUGGAUACAAGGACCCAUACACCGAAGAAACCAUUUCGCUCUUUCAAGCACUUUCCAAAGAUCUCAUCUUGAAAGAACACGGGAUCCGCCUACUGGAGGCACAAAUUGCCACAGGGGGAAUCAUCGACCCGAUCCAUAGCCACAGACUCCCCACAGAGGUGGCCUUCAAAAGAGGCUAUUUUGACCAAGAAAUGAAAGCCGUACUCGAGGAUUCGGGAGAUGACACAAAGGGAUUCUUUGACCCAAACACAGAGGAGAAUCUGACAUAUCUUCAGCUGAUAGAAAGGUGCGUUACAGAUCCUUCCACUGGACUCUGCCUCCUUCCUCUUCGAGACAAAUCCGAUGGACUCAACUUCGCCUUUAUUGAAUACCAAACGAAGAUGGCCUUCAAACAGAAGAAGGUGAAAGUGACAUGUGGCAAGUAUGCGGGAAUGACGGUAUCGCUGUGGGAGCUGCUGAUGUCAGACUACUUUAAUGAAGAGCAGAGGAAAGAGAUCAUACGCAAAUACCGUGAGAGGAAGUUCACAAUCGAGAUGAUUGUCACAACAGUUCUAGAAACCAUUGAGACAUCUGUCAAAAACACCAAGGUCAUCUUUGAAGGCAUCAGAGAAACGGUCACGGCCAAACAGCUGGUUGAGGCCGACAUCAUUAGCCAGGACGUCCUCGAUGAUCUGAAGAAAGGGAGGAAGUCUGUUAAGGAGGUGGUUGAGGAUCAAAACCUACACGUGUACCUCCAGGGGAAAGACAGUAUUGCAGGUGUUCUUCUUCCUGACUCCCAGAUCAUGACCAUCUACCAAGCCAGAAAGAAAGGCAAACUGAUGCCAGGAACAGCUCUGAUUUUACUUGAGGCACAGGCGGCAACAGGAUUCAUCAUCGAUCCUAUUGGAAACAGAAAGUUUUCGGUGGAUGAUGCCAUCAAAGCCAAGAUUGUUGGGCCUGAUUUAUGCCAAAAGCUGCGCUCUGCGGAGAAGGCAGUGACAGGAUACAAAGACCCGUACUACGGGACCACAAUCUCUCUGUUCCAAGCAAUGCAAAAAGACCUCAUAGUGAAGGACCACGGUAUUCGACUCCUGGAGGCACAAAUUGCCACUGGCGGCAUCAUCGACCCAGUGAACAGCCAUCGCAUUCCCGUCCAAGUGGCCUACAAGCGUGGGUACUUCAAUGAGGAAAUGAACGAGAUCUUGAGUAAUCCCAGUGAUGACACCAAAGGUUUUUUUGACCCCAACACACAUGAGAACCUCACCUACUUGCAGCUCAUGGCCAGAUGUGUCAAAGAUCCCAGUACGGGACUUUGUCUCCUGCCACUCAAAGGCAAAAGUCACAAAGUCAACAUCGACGACUCCAUGAAGGAACUGUUCAGAACAACAGUCGUUUCUGUGCGGUAUGGCCGCUUCAAGGGCAAGCAUGCCACUCUUUGGGAUCUCAUCAAUUCAGAGUAUCUCUCUGAGGAUAAAAGACAAGAGUUCUUCAAACUCUUCAGGUCAAGGAGACUCACAAUUGAGGAAAUUAUUGAGUCGAUUUUAAUCAUCAUUGAGAGCAAGGAGAUAAAACAGCAAGUGGAGCUCAGCUUCCAAGGCCUCAGAGGGAAGGUUUCCGUUGUGGAUCUUUUGGAGCUUAAAAUAGUGGAUGAAAAAACCUACAGCAACUUGAUUGAUGGAACGUUAAGCAGCACUGAUGUGUUGCAAAUGGAGAGCGUGAGGGCCUACCUACAAGGGAAGAGCUGUGUCGCCGGCGUGAUACUGCAGCCCUCCAAUCAGAAGCUGAGCAUCUACGAAGCACAGAAAACUGGCAUCCUGACACCCGGCACAGCUCUUUGCCUCCUAGAGGCGCAGGCAGCCACGGGGUUCAUUGUCAAUCCAUUGGCAAACAAAAAGCUCACAGUGGAACAAGCGCUUCGAGAAAUGUUAAUUGGUCCUCAAAUGUAUGAAAAGCUUCUGUCUGCGGAGAGGGCUGUCACUGGUUACACUGACCCAUACAUGGGUCAAAAGAUCUCUCUUUUCCAAGCCUUGAAAAAGAAUCUCAUUGUGAAGGAGCACGGCAUUCGAUUACUGGAGGCCCAAAUUGCAACAGGGGGUAUCAUUGACCCCUUGAAGUGUCUUCACUUACCUCUUGACGUCGCCUACAGGAAAGGAUAUUUUGAUGAAGAAAUGAAUCAAAUUCUGUUGGACCCAAGCGAUGACACAAAAGGUUUUUUCGACCCCAACACCAAAGAGAAUCUGACAUACAUGGAGAUGUUGGGAAGGUGUGUAAAAGAUAAAGAAACAGGACUGUUCCUCCUACCAAUGACUAACACACCAAAAACCUCAAAAACAAAUGGGAGACUGUACACUGACAGUGAAAUAAGGCAAAUUUUUGAAGAGACAACAGUGAACAUAUCGUUAGGACGCUAUGCAGGAAAAUCAGUUUCUCUCUGGGAAUUGAUCCACUCUGGCUACUUCACUGAAGACCAGCGAAAUCAAUUGAUAGAAAAAUUCCAAACAAGAAAGGUCACCACACACACUAUCACCACCCGAGUGAUAUCAACCAUUGAGAAACUGGAGAAGAGUGAAGCUCCCAAAAUGACAAUGGGCCUGAGAAAGCUUGUCUCGGCCAAAGAACUGCUGGACUCUGGCAUUAUCGACGAUGACACAUUCAAACAGGUGCAGGAAGACAAAGUGACUUUGGCAGAGGUCACCAAAUGUGAGCGCGUGCAACAAUACCUGAAUGGAUCAAGAAGCAUUGCUGGGGUUAAAGUGUAUCCAUCGCAAGCAGUUCUCAGCAUAUACAGCGCAAAAACGGAAGGUAUGUUGAGAGAUGGCAUUGCACGUUUACUGCUCGAAGCGCAGGCUUCGACAGGAUGGAUCAUUGAUCCUCUCACAAACAAGUUCUAUGCUGUUGAUGAGGCUGUAAAAGAGGAAGUCGUUGGGCCAGAUGUGUGUGAGCAGCUUCUGUUGGCCGAGCGAGCCAUCACCGGUUAUAAAAACCCCUACACCGACAGAACAAUAUCACUGUUUGAGGCGAUGAAUGAGCAACUGAUUCAAAGAAGUGAUGCCAUUCGUUUUCUUGAAGCACAAAUAGCAACGGGCGGCAUCGUAGACCCAAACAUGAGUCACAGGCUGCCUGUUCAUGUUGCAGUCAAAAGGGGACUUCUCGAUGACCAACUCCUAGGCCUGCUGACAACCCCUGAAAAUUCAAAGGGAUACUUUGACCCAAACACAAAGGAAAAACUCUCUUACCUCGAGCUGAUGGAGAGAUGUGAAAGAGAUCCAAAAACAGGCCUUCUUCUUAUAGCACUGCAUGAGGAGACAUCAAAUGUUUUUCACACAAAGGAGCAAAUAGAGCUGGAGUUUAAAAACAAAACCGUGAUCAUGGAUGUGGGAAAAUUCCAAAACAAAAAAGUGACCUUGUGGGAAUUGCUGCUGUCUGAAUACAUAUCACAGAAGAAGAGGGAGCAGCUCACAGAACAAUAUAAGACCGGCACCAUAACAGUUGAAGAGUUGAUUGAAAUACUCACAGUGAUCAUUACAGAGGUCUCCUCCAAAGAAAGAAAGUUCAAAGGACUGAGGAAGCAGGUCUCAGCAAGUCAGCUCUUUGAGUCAAAGAUCAUCUCAAAGGAGCUUUUCACGCAAAUUAUACAAGGGGAAGUAACUGUAGACAAUGUUAACAAAAUGGAAUCCGUCCAAAAGUACCUUGGGGCGACAAACUGCAUAGCCGGUGUCAGAGAUGAGUCUACAAAGAAGAUUAUGAGCAUCUAUGAAGCAAAGUCCAGAGGCCUGCUGACUCCUGGGACGUCUCUUGUUCUCCUAGAGGCUCAAGCUGCGACUGGCUUUGUCAUUGACCCUGUCAACAACAAGAGGCUUUCAGUGGCUGAAGCUGUGGCUCAGAAAGUAGUCGGCAGUGAGUGGAAAAAGAAGCUGCUCUCAGCAGAACGAGCUGUCACAGGAUACAUUGACCCCUACACUGGUGAUACAAUUUCCUUAUUCCAGGCUCUGAUAAAAGAUCUCAUUGUUAGAGAUCACGGAAUCCGUCUCCUGGAAGCUCAAAUUGCCACAGGAGGCAUCAUUGACCCAGUAUACAGUCACAGAGUGCCUGUGGAGGUGGCUUACCAAAGAGGGUACUUUGACGAGGAAAUGAACCAGAUUUUAUCUGACCCAGAUGACGAUACCAAGGGCUUUUUUGAUCCCAACACGCAAGAGAACCUUACUUAUCUCCAACUUAUAGAAAGGUGUGUCACGGACCCAAACACCGGCCUUAACCUACUAUCCAUUGUGAAGAGAGGGGAGUUCUACUUCUUUGUUGACGAGGCCACAAAACUGAUACUGAAAUCAACAAUGACCACCAGAGCAGGUGGAAGGUAUCAGGGAAGCACUGCGUCGCUGUGGGAUCUGCUCUACUCCAGAUACAUCACUGAGGAGAAGAGGCGAGAGCUUGUGCAACAGUACAAGUCCGGAACUAUCACGAUUGAACGCUUUUUGGAAAUCAUCUUGACGGUCAUUCAGCAGCAGACCACUACCACAACCUCCUCAUCAACCAUCAUAUGUCAAAUGCCAGAAACAGACAUUGACAAGAGCACCACAAAGACCACCAUCACCACCACAGUCACAGAGACCGACAGCUUCCAUGGGAUUCGAAAGGACGUCAGUGCUGCAGAGUUGCUUGAAUCCAAAAUUAUCAAUGAGGACCUCUACAAAGACCUCAACACAGGAACAAUCACAGUCAAGGAAAUAAGUGAAAUGGACUCUGUCCGUCGGUAUCUAGAAGGGACCAACUGCAUUGCAGGAGUGUACUUGCAGUCCACCAAGGAGACCCUGAGCAUCUAUGAAGCCAAGUCCAGAGGCCUGCUGACUCCCGGAACGUCUCUUGUGCUGCUAGAGGCCCAAGCUGCCACUGGUUUUGUCAUUGACCCAGUAAAGAACAAGAAGCUCUCUGUGGAAGAGGCUGUGGCCCUGAGAGUGGUUGGCGGCGAAUGGCAAAAGAAACUGCUCUCAGCAGAACGAGCUGUCACAGGAUACAAAGACCCUUACACGGAAAGAACAAUAUCUCUCUUCCAGGCCCUGAAGAAAGACCUGAUCGUCAAAGAUCAUGGAAUCCGUCUCCUGGAAGCACAAAUUGCAACAGGAGGCAUCAUUGACCCGGUAUACAGCCACAGAGUCCCUGUGCAGGUGGCUUACCAAAGAGGGUACUUUGACGAGGAAAUGAACCAGAUUCUCUCUGACCCGGAUGAUGACACCAAGGGGUUUUUUGAUCCCAAUACACAAGAGAACCUCACCUAUCUCCAGCUGAUCGAGAGGUGUAUCACAGAUCCCAUCACUGGACUCAGCCUGUUGGUUAUUGUGAAGAGAGGGGAGUUCUACUUCUUUGUUGACGAGGCCACAAAACUGAUACUGAAAUCAACAAUGACCACCAGAGCAGGUGGAAGGUAUCAGGGAAGCACUGUGUCGCUGUGGGAUCUGCUCUACUCCAGAUACAUCACUGAGGAGAAGAGGCGAGAGCUUGUGCAACAGUACAAGUCCGGAACCAUCACGAUUGAACGCUUUUUGGAAAUCAUCUUGACGGUCAUUCAGCAGCAGACCACUACCACAACCUCCUCAUCAACCAUCAUAUGUCAAAUGCCAGAAACAGACAUUGACAAGAGCACCACAAAGACCACCAUCACCACCACAGUCACAGAGACCGACAGCUUCCAUGGGAUUCGAAAGGACGUCAGUGCUGCAGAGUUGCUUGAGUCCAAAAUUAUCAAUGAAGACCUCUACAAAGACCUCACCACAGGAACAAUCACAGUCAAGGAAAUAAGUGAAUUGGACUCUGUCCGUCGGUAUCUAGAAGGCACCAACUGCAUUGCAGGAGUGUCCUUGCAGUCUACCAAAGAGACUCUGAGCAUCUAUGAAGCCAAGUCCAGAGGCCUGCUGACUCCUGGAACCUCCCUUGUGCUGCUGGAGGCCCAAGCUGCCACCGGUUUUGUCAUCGACCCUGUCAAGAACAAGAAGCUCUCUGUAGAAGAGGCUGUGGCUCAGAGAGUGGUUGGCAGCGAAUGGCAAAAGAAGCUGCUCUCAGCAGAACGAGCUGUCACAGGAUACAAAGACCCUUACACGGAAAGAACAAUAUCUCUCUUCCAGGCCCUGAAGAAAGACCUGAUCGUCAAAGAUCAUGGAAUCCGUCUCCUGGAAGCACAAAUUGCAACAGGAGGCAUCAUUGACCCGGUGUACAGCCACAGAGUUCCAGUGCAGGUGGCUUACCAAAGAGGGUACUUUGAUGAGGAAAUGAAUCAGAUUCUGUCUGACUCAGGUGACGACACUAAGGGCUUUUUUGAUCCGAACACACAGGAAAACCUCACCUAUCUCCAACUGCUUGAAAGGUGCAUCACAGACCCCAUCACUGGAUUAAGUUUACUCCCCUUAAUUAAAAAAUGAAUCAUCUUUUCAUGUAUUUCUCCUUUGUUGUUUAAAUAGUACUGAGUUGAGCACUGUUCUUUUUCGCUCAAAAACACUUAAUCCUAGUUUCAUACUGAUAUUCACAGAAAUUGUUCAGCUUGUUCUACUGAAAAAAAAUAUGCAUUUUGAAUAUGUCUGUACUGUAAAAUAUGACCUAAUAAACAAGAAUGUGAGCACUGA